AUGGAAAGUUAACUAUCUUAGUAAUCAGCUGCUCAAUCAGAGAGGGCUCCUGUCACAACAUACGAAUUGCAACUACUUGAGAGAAAAUUAAUGCUUGAAAUGCAGAAAUAAUUAGAUACAAGGAUGGAAGAAGUGACAAAAGACAUUAACUAUGAUAGGAAGCUGGAAAGGAUGAAAGACCAAAAAGAUCUUAAUGAAACCCUCACAAGUAUGCAUAAUUAGUUAGAGGAGAUCAGCAAAUUUACAGCUAUCAAUGAAAUAUCAUUUCAAGGGUUCACUUCUGUUCAGCAGUGGGUUCAGCAAGUAUCAGUUUAAAGCUAAGAGAAAGUAAUAGAUCAAUGCUAGCAGUACAUAUUGCAGAUUCUUGAUCAGUAGGAUAAAAUUAACAACUAGAAAUAUGAUUAAAUAAACAAGGAUUAAACAGCCAUCAAAUCUCAAGUUGAUAUUGUGAAAGACAUUAGAGCGCAGAUGUCGACUUUCCUGCAGAAAAUAGAUGAAAAAGCCUCAUAUUAAAACCUAAGAAAUCUCGAAUACUAGCUCGAAGACUAUGUUAAGUUUAGUGCUUUGAAAGCAGUAGCAGAUAACUUAGCAUACAAGUGCGAGGUAUCGGAUUUUGAAAACUUCAAAAAUGAAUUUAAGUACACUUAGAAUCAUAUCAUACAGCUUUAGCAGGCUGUCAACUCUUUCUAGCAGUACUAGGAGAAGAUGGAGUAAAAUUUGAAAGAAAACUCAAACGACUCUGAAAAGCGAUUGAAAAACAUAGAAAAAGAGAUCAUGAAGCAGAACUAGGAUCUUAUAGGAAAAAUCAAUUCUGCCAAAGACAUACUAAAGAAUUACAUGAAAGAGCAAGAGCAUACCACUCAAUAGAUUGAGCAUAAAAUAUUUGAGAAAGCAUCAGUUAAUCAGAUGUCUGAGCUCAAAGAAUAUAUGAUUGAAAAGUAUGCACUCACUUCUACUCUAAGGGAUCUUAGAAAGGAAGUUGUUCCACUCGUGCAAGAAUUUAAGAAGAAAAUGGAGAUCCAUGAUGAGAGCUAUGUACAGAUGAAAGAAAUGGUCAGGAGAUUCGAUGAGGUGCUUAGUGAGAAAGCAUCUAAAAUGGCAAUCAAUGAACUAUAAUUCCAUGUAGAGCAGCACUAUGUAAAAAAGAAGUAUUGGGAUAAAUUGCAGGAGGAGAUAAAUAAGACUAUUGAAUAAUAGCAAAAUACAGUUAAACUGAUGCAGGAGUCAGUUCGAAUGUUCGAGGUAAAUAUGUCUGAGGAGAUCAGUAAUGCAGUGAAAAAGGCAUUGGCAAAAGCCAUGGCAAAUUAUGAGAGAGUCCUAAAUCAGUUUUCAAAGUUUUUCGACUAGGAAGAGUUGAACAAGACACUUGAGAGAAAGGUUGAUGUAGAAGUGGUGUAGACACUUUAGGACAUCAAGGCAAACAAGGUAGACUUAGAAGGUUGUCUAAAUCUUAUAGAAAGUCUUCAUUCAAGGCUAAAGCAUAUGUCUAUACUGAGUGUGGAAAUGGCCAGAUCGCUUUUGCCAAUCAAAUCAAGCAAUAACUUUUAGACUGCUGAAUCAAAGAAUUCUUUAAUUAGCAGAAGAGAUUUCUUAUUCAAAUAGGCAUAGGUAACUGCUGCUUGGAUUGAAGAUUUUAACAUAAGGCAAAUCUAACCAGGUGAAGGCGAGAUUAUCAAUAUGCCGUAUCAGUAAAGUCAAAGUAGAUCAGAUAAUCAACCGAGAAUUAAAAGAUAGUUGAGUUUAUAAGGAAAUGACAUUCCAUAAAGCUUGAGACACUUUGAGAAGUUUCAUUAUCAGUUGUAAGAGCAGAUGAAAUUGGAUAUGCCGCAAGCUAUAAAGAAAUGGAAGCUUUAAUUCACUCAAAGAGCUUCAGCUCAUAGCAGCUCAGUUUAAAAGUAAUCUAUGAAUACAACACAGAAUAAUUUCUACGAUAUGUUUUAAGGAGAUUAAGAGUCUAUAAUUGAUAAAAGACACAACAACAUCAACCUUAACUUAGAUUAUAGAAAGAGCCUACAGCAUAUCUAAGCUCGGCGCUAAAAGAAAAGCAAUCAAUCUAUGCGAGUGAGUUUGAAUAACAGUCCAACAAAUCAAGAUUUUAGACCUAAUGAAAGCCAGGAUCUUUCGAUGUCUAUGGGGCAUGGUGAGGUCUCAACUUCUCAUGUUCAUCAGGGAACAUAUACCCCUUCUAAAAUGAAUAAUAACGACAGUUUGAAUAAUAGCAUUUCAAGACAAUAACAGCUUCUAGACGAUUAAUCAAAUAAACGAGUAACUAUUUUUAGGAACAAUCUGAAUAGCAAGUACUCUAUGGGCAGUGUCAAGAUUAAAGAGGAAGUUUCAGUUAAGAGUUUUGGAGUUUAACAUGGACCAAACCUAAAUAAAAAUAGAUCGCAGAUAGAUAAUAUAAAAUCAGACACCAACUAAUUUAGAAACCUUGAUUUGUAGGCUGAUAAGAAACCCCAUAAAUUGGCAUCUAUCUUGACAUAGCAUGCACCGAAUAUGACAUUCAAUAAGAGUACAAACAUGAUGAGAGGCAUUAAAACUGCAGGUGGACCAUAGAAAUAAUAUGGGAUUUGA